GCACCCAGCAGGUCCAGUCUCUCUCUCUCUCUACAAUUUUACAUUCUUCCCCGUUGGCUUUUCAUCGAAAUCUCUUUCUCUCUCUACAAUUCCUUCUGUCUACACCGCCGCAAGCAGAGCAUCUGCGCGAGCUCCUCCGCAGUGAAGAGCGAUGAGUGGGCACGACUCCAAGUAUUUCUCCACUACCAAAAAGGGUGAAAUCCCCGAGCUCAAAGAAGAACUCAAUUCUCAGUACAAGGAUAAGAGAAAGGAUGCAGUUAAGAAGGUGAUCGCUGCAAUGACAGUAGGGAAGGAUGUAUCGUCCCUCUUUACAGAUGUUGUGAAUUGUAUGCAAACUGAAAAUUUGGAGCUCAAAAAGCUUGUGUAUUUAUAUCUCAUCAACUAUGCAAAGAGCCAGCCUGAUCUUGCUAUUCUCGCCGUGAAUACAUUUGUGAAGGAUUCCCAGGAUCCAAAUCCUCUGAUCCGUGCUUUAGCUGUCAGGACGAUGGGGUGCAUCCGUGUUGAUAAAAUAACAGAGUAUUUAUGUGAUCCCUUGCAGCGCUGUCUCAAGGAUGAUGACCCAUAUGUUCGCAAGACGGCAGCUAUAUGUGUUGCAAAACUUUAUGACAUCAAUGCUGAGUUAGUGGAGGAUAGAGGUUUCCUGGAUGCCCUCAAGGAUUUAAUUUCAGACAACAAUCCGAUGGUUGUUGCUAAUGCUGUCGCUGCACUUGCUGAGAUUCAAGAAAACAGCAGCAGGCCCAUCUUUGAGAUCACAAAUCACACACUUACAAAGCUUCUUACCGCUCUAAAUGAAUGCACAGAGUGGGGUCAAGUUUUCAUUUUGGAUGCUCUUUCCAAGUACAAAGCAGCGGAUGCUCGUGAAGCUGAAAAUAUAGUGGAGCGAGUUACUCCACGGUUACAGCAUGCCAACUGUGCUGUUGUUCUUUCAGCAGUCAAGAUGAUCCUCUUACAAAUGGAACUGAUUACCAGCACGGAUGUAGUCAGGAAUCUUUGCAAAAAAAUGGCCCCACCACUCGUGACAUUGCUUUCUGCAGAACCAGAGAUUCAGUAUGUUGCGUUACGAAACAUAAACCUUAUCGUACAAAAGCGACCCACUAUUCUUGCCCAUGAAAUCAAGGUGUUUUUCUGCAAAUACAAUGAUCCGAUUUAUGUGAAGAUGGAAAAGUUAGAGAUCAUGAUAAAGCUUGCUUCUGACCGAAAUAUUGACCAAGUUCUAUUGGAGUUCAAAGAGUAUGCUACUGAAGUAGAUGUUGAUUUUGUAAGAAAAGCUGUCCGUGCUAUUGGACGAUGUGCCAUCAAGUUAGAGAGAGCUGCUGAACGAUGCAUUAGUGUCUUACUUGAGUUGAUCAAGAUCAAAGUAAACUAUGUUGUUCAAGAAGCUAUUAUUGUGAUUAAGGAUAUAUUUAGGAGAUACCCAAACACUUACGAGUCUAUCAUUGCUACACUUUGUGAGAGCUUAGACACCUUGGAUGAGCCAGAGGCAAAGGCAUCAAUGAUCUGGAUAAUUGGUGAAUAUGCUGAAAGAAUUGAUAAUGCUGAUGAGCUCUUGGAAAGCUUUUUGGAGACUUUCCCAGAGGAACCUCCACAAGUCCAAUUGCAGUUGUUAACAGCAACAGUUAAACUUUUCCUUAAGAAACCCACAGAAGGCCCUCAACAGAUGAUUCAGGUUGUUCUGAAUAAUGCAACUGUUGAGACUGACAAUCCAGAUCUUAGGGAUCGUGCAUAUAUAUAUUGGCGACUCCUCUCAACUGAUCCUGAGGCAGCAAAGGAUGUUGUCUUAGCUGAAAAGCCUGUGAUCAGUGACGACUCUAACCAGCUCGAUCCUUCUCUCUUGGACGAGCUUCUUGCCAACAUUGCCACACUAUCCUCUGUCUACCACAAGCCCCCUGAUGCAUUUGUGACUCGUGUGAAAACUGUUCAGAGAACAGAGGAAGAGGAUUAUCCAGAUGGUGAAGGAGGAAAUUCUGAGUCACCUGCUCAUGUACCAGGUGAUGCAGGUGCUUCAUCAAAUGUGCCACCUUCCGCUGUAAGGCCGCCAGCUGCUGCUCCUGCACCGGUGGCUGAUUUACUCGAUCUGAUGGGCAUGGAUGGUAACAACAGUGCCAUUGUAGCCACUGAUAUACCUGCAAGCCCUGCUGGGCCUCCAUUGCCAGUUCUAUUAGCAGCAUCUGCUGGUCAAGGCCUACAAAUCAGUGGUCAGCUGAUAAGAAGAGAUGGCCAGAUAUUCUACAGCAUGUUGUUUGAGAACAGUACUCAGGUUCCACUCGACGGGUUUAUGAUUCAGUUCAACAAGAACUCGUUUGGUCUUACAACAGGUGCACCUCUCCAGGUUCCUCUAUUGCAACCUGGGACAUCUGCAAGUACUCUUCUGCCCAUGGUUUUGUCCCAGAAUCUCUCUCCUGGUCCACCAAGUACACUUCUGCAGAUUGCUGUGAAAAAUAAUCAGCAGCCUGUAUGGUAUUUCAGUGACAAAAUUCCGCUGAUCGUAUUCUUUACGGAGGAUGGAAGAAUGGAGCGUUCAACAUUUCUCGAGACAUGGAAAUCAUUACCCGAUUCGAACGAGAUAUCCAAGGACUUCCCAGCAGUUGUGCUGAACAGUGUCGAAACAACCUUAGACAGGCUGGCUACAUCAAACAUGUUCUUUAUUGCCAAGCGCAAGCACUCGAAUCAAGAUGUGCUGUAUCUCUCUGCCAAAAUCCCACGAGGAAUCCCUUUCUUAAUCGAACUUACAACAGCGGUCGGUACCCCUGGACUCAAGUGUGCAAUAAAAACUCCAAGCCCAGAAAUGGCUCCUCUUUUCUUUGAAGCGGUCGAGGGCCUCUUCAAGAGUUAGGUGUGUUCGUUCACUUCUACGAAAACAGAAAGUUCUCUUCAUCAAUGGGCGGGGUG